UUGCAUAAAAUAGGUUGCCGGAAUUGGGUAAAGAAACAUACCACUGGAUAUGCAUUUUUUCCUGAUUUCCCACCUCAGACCGAACCCAGUUGCAGACAAAGUGGCGUGAAGGACCUCAACUACUUAGAGUAAAAUCAUGGUUUAAUCAAUCAACCAGAAACUAUACACUUCUUGGAUUCCCGUUUAACAACCAUAUGUAUUAGUUGGAGAAAUUAGGACAAGCCACUCCCUGGAGGUCUCUGAAACCAUGUCAGUCAGCGUCCAUGAAAACCGUAAGUCCCGGACCAGCACGGGCUCCAUGAACAUCUCACUGUUCCAUAAGCCCUCGCAUCCAGACAGCGUGCUCACCCACCUCAACACCCUCCGCAAGCAGUGCAUGUUCACUGAUGUGACGCUGUGGGCGGGGGACCGCUCCUUCCCCUGCCAUCGGGCGGUACUGGCCGCAUGCAGCCGCUACUUUGAGGCGAUGUUCAGCGGCGGGCUCCGUGAGAGCCUGGACAACGAGGUGAACUUCAGAGACAGUGUGCAUCCAGAGGUGUUGGAGCUGCUGCUGGACUUUGCCUACUCGUCACGUGUCAUCAUCAACGAGGAGAAUGCGGAGUCUUUGCUGGAGGCGGGAGACAUGCUGCAGUUCCACGACAUCAGAGACGCUGCGGCGGAGUUCCUGGAGAAGAACCUGCAUUUGUCCAACUGCCUGGGUAUGAUGCUACUGUCUGAUGCCCACCAAUGCAAACAGCUGUAUGAGCUCUCCUGGAGGAUGUGCCUGGUGCACUUUGAGGCGUUGCGGGACACAGAGGACUUCUACAGCCUCAACAAAGACAAGCUGCUGAACCUGAUCCUCAGCGACGAGCUGGAGAUCGAGGACGAGCAUAUUGUGUUCAAUGCUGUGAUGCGCUGGGUGCGCUACGACCUGGACGGCCGCAGAGACGACCUCCCUGAGCUGCUGGGUGGAAUCCGCUUGGCCCUGCUGCCCUCUGAGUGUCUGAUUGAGGCGGUGGCCUGCGAGGAGCUGGUGAUGUCAGACAAGAGGAGCCGGCAGAUAGUGGAGGAGGCUAUGCAGUGUAAGAAGAAGAUCCUGCAAAAUGAUGGGGUGGUCACCAGCCCAUGUGCCCGGCCCCGCAAGGCAGGCCACACGUUGCUCAUCUUGGGAGGACAGACCUUCAUGUGUGAUAAGAUCUACCAGGUGGACCACAAAGCCAAGGAGAUCAUUCCCAAGUCGGUCUUGCCCAGUCCCAGGAAAGAGUUCAGCGCCUGUGCAAUUGGCUGUAAGGUCUACGUGACUGGGGGGAGGGGUUCUGAGAACGGGGUGUCCAAGGAUGUUUGGAUCUAUGACACGGUCCACGAGGAGUGGUCUAAAGGAGCUCCCAUGUUGAUAGCACGGUUUGGCCAUGGUUCAGCUGAACUGGAGAACUGGCUGUAUGUGGUGGGUGGCCACACUGCCAUAGCAGGCAUCUUCCCAGCCUCCCCCUCAGUCUCCCUCAAACAGGUAGAGCGGUAUGACCCACUCACCAACAAAUGGACCAUGAUGGCGCCGCUCAGAGAUGGUGUUAGCAAUGCAGCUGUGGUCAGCGCCAAGCUAAAGCUGUUUGUGUUUGGUGGUACCACCAUACACAGAGACAAGGCCUCAAAGGUGCAGUGCUAUGACCCUCUAGAGAACCGCUGGGCCAUCGCAGCAGAAUGUCCGCAACCGUGGAGAUACACAGCCGCUGCUGUUCUGGGCAGCCAGAUCUUCAUAAUGGGCGGAGACACUGAGUUCACCGCCGCCUCCGCCUACCGCUUUGACUGUGAGACCAACCAGUGGUCUCGUGUUGGGGACAUGACUUCUAAAAGAAUGAGCUGCCAUGCGGUGGCCUCUGGGAACAAACUGUACGUGGUGGGGGGCUACUUUGGGACGCAGCGCUGCAAGACGCUAGACUGUUAUGACCCCACGUCUGAUAGCUGGAACAGUAUAACCACAGUGCCUUACUCACUAAUUCCCACUGCGUUUGUAAGCACCUGGAAACAUCUACCUGCCUAGCAACCUUGACAUGAACAAGGAGUGGUCUCCAGAACUGGAUGUCACAUGUUUCCGGCCAUAGUGACAAGCAGAGGCUUGCUGGGGCCUGCCUGCCUGUAGACCAACGAGGUGUCAAGCGAGUAAACACCCCAUCGGAGGUAAAGACUGUUCCAGAUUAUCUGGGGUCCAACGGCAGAACACAAGCUCCUCCCAGAGGGAUGCCAUUUGCUGGAUCUUCUCCCUCACAUCACAAGGAGACAUCCAUACCAUUCUUCCUAACAGUCUUAUUCAUGACCAUGGAGAGAAACAGACCCUUUAUAGACAGACAACCGAUUUGGGUAUUAUUGCUCAGUAUUUCUAACUGAGGCGAUUUUUAAAUGUCGUAUUAUUUGUGGGAUCCCCUAUUAGAUCAUUCCAGCAUUGAACCCAGGCGAUGUAGUCUUAAGGGGUGAUUGUUUUUUGUAAAUGACAAUUAAUUAACUACAGUAAGCAGGAACACUAUCCCUUCCAUCAUAAAAUGUGGUGCUGUUUGUUAGCGCUUUGCUGUAGGCUCUCAGCACACACUGUUAAUGAGCCUCAGCAGACACUCAGAUCCAACAAGCAGCCCUACACUACAUUGCAAGUCAACUCUUUAAAACAAUGAGAUACUGUAUAUCAACGAAACACAACACGUAUCAUCUAACUUUCAGGGGAAGUACAUGUUAAAGUAUAAGCAGUUGUACUGUAUUUACUUUGUAUCUAUGAAACAAUUCAGCCUGGGACUCCUGUCAACACCACAGCACAAUUUGCUAUUGUUGACCUCUUAUCAUUGAAGCAUUUCUUGAAGGUUUGAAACGAUACCCAUUACUCACUGGUUUAAUCAAGAUUGUUUCCAUGUCAUUUCAACCCCCAAAUGAAAUGUGAUUACAUUUAAAAACUGUGAAAACUGAUUUGGAUUAGUAAAAAGUAAUCAACGUAGGGGAAUUGUCUUUUUUUCACCCACCUUUUAACCUAAAUCCAAUGGACAUGGUGACAUUUCUUGUUGAUUUCAAGUUGAAUUCACAUUUGUUGACAACUCAACCAAAUUUAAAAUCAAAACUAGAUGUUGAAAUUGCAUCUGUACCCACUGUGGUUGAUGUGUGUUUUAGUUAUACAACCUUGGCACUAUACAUUUGAUAAUAUGUCAAUGAGGAUACUAAGCUUUGAUAUUGGGAUUUUUCCAGGGGUGAAUUUGGUUUAUAUCUGGAGUUUUAUUGUGGAAUGAUAGCCGCACAGAAGCUACAACCUUUUUCUUCAGAAGCCCCGUAGUAGGGGGGACUUUUUUUUAAAUGAUAAAGACUCACUUUUGAACUACAGUUACUUUUCCAUGUGGGGGGUGGCUUCAAGGUCUGUAAUAAUGCCUCCUUGUGAACUGAAUUCCUUGUGCCUAAUACUGGUAGAAAGGUUUGUCAUAAAUUCAGUCUGUUAAAGUGUUUGAAUAAAUUACUUUUUAAUUUA